GCAGUGCCAAGAUGUCGGCUACGGUGCCGGAGCUGAAGCAGAUCAGCCGGGUGGAGGCGAUGCGCCUGGGGCCGGGCUGGAGCCACUCCUGCCACGCCAUGCUGUACGCCGCCAACCCUGGGCAGCUUUUCGGCCGCAUCCCCAUGCGCUUCUCGGUGCUGAUGCAGAUGCGCUUCGAUGGGCUGCUGGGCUUCCCCGGGGGCUUCGUGGACCGGCGCUUCUGGUCGUUGGAGGACGGACUGAACCGGGUGCUGGGCCUGGGCCUGGGCUGCCUGCGCCUCACCGAGGCCGACUACCUGAGCUCGCACCUGACCGAGGGCCCGCACCGCGUUGUGGCGCACCUGUACGCGCGGCAGCUGACGCUGGAGCAGCUGCACGCCGUGGAGAUUAGCGCGGUUCACUCCCGCGACCACGGCCUGGAGGUGGGGCCGCCGCCCGGGUCCCGCCCCCCACCCUGGGGUUUGGCUCUGGCCCCGCGGAAGGCACCGAUGGGUGCUGGGGCUCGUGCGGGUCCCACUGUAUACCCAGAAGGACCGAGUCGGUGGCUUUCCCAACUUCCUGAGCAAUGCCUUCAUCAGUACAGCUAAGUACCAGCUCCUCUUCGCCCUCAAGGUGCUCAACAUGAUGCCCGAGGAGAAGCUGGCUGAGGCUGUGGCUGCAGCCACUGAGAAGCAGAAGAAGGCCCUAGAGAAGCUGCUCCCAUCUUCUUCCUGAGGUUGCUCCUGUACUGUGUCUUCAUCCUCCCCUGGCUCUCUAUCUGUGCCCAGGGGCUGAGAGAGGGCCCUGAAAUCCUGUGGGCAGAGUGUGUCUUCUAGUGUGUAUCUGUGUUUGUAACCUAUUCUGACUGCAUGGGGUGAGUGGGCACCUCAUCUCCACUGCCUCAAGCAGUCAUGGGGCCAGGUGGGACCUUCUCAGGUUGGUCAGUGGGUGGCUUAGGGGUGCUGGACCUGGCUGUCCAGGCUCAGGACAUUCUCACCCACCUUGAGGCUCAAACCUGCCUCUCUGAGUUUCAUGGGGUGGUGGUGGAGGCUCAGGUACUGCCUGAUUUUCCAAGUGGGUAGGUGCACAGACACUUAGACCAGUGAGUAGUCAGUUCUCAUGGAGGAUGCCUUUGUCGCAGUUGACUCAUUCUUACAUCCUGUCCUCUGUGCCAGCCUCAGGGCCUAGAGGAGAGCCAGUUUGGGUAGGAUGUUGUAUUAUUAAUUUUAGCUGUUAGCUUUACUUGGAUAGAUUUCUUUUUAUGUGUUGUGUGAACUAUGGGUGAGGUUUCAAAACCACUUUAACCCCACUGGUGCUUGGUCUCCAAGGACAGUAAAGUGGCUCCUCCGCUGCUCUGUUUGGUCCUGACUGCAGGCCCAGGGCUGGGCACAGGAGGGUGUCCCCUUCUCCUACUAUCUGGAUACUUAAGAACAGGGCCAGGUCCAAAAGCACUAGGUGCCAUUCAGAGUCAAGCUGCCAAUGGCUUGGUCUGGGACUUCUGUGCUAAGACUGUCCACAAGAGGCGCCUUUUCUGGUCCUGGUGCUUUGGCUACACCUAGGCUGAGCCUGCUGUUCUUUCCUGUGCUUUGAAAGCCUCCUUUUCUCCAUUCCCACUAAGGUCUGCAGGCAGCUCCCAAGGAUGGUCUGGAAAUACCCGCUGAGUGUGCAGAAUGACAACAGCAAAGCCACCACAGGCAGGAAGGUCACCACUGGGGUCUCCUAUGGCCCUAUGUCUGGCAAAACUUCUCAGCGAAGCUACUGGAAAGUUUCCACAAUGCCUGCCCAGCCUGGGCAUCUGUCCACCUAACAGCCUCGAUGUAGCAGCCACACUAUUGGCAAAGGCACUUCACUCUGUAAAUAAAAUACCUGUACUUUGCUCUUCUCUUAUUUCCUAGGGCAUGAGGACAUGCUUGGCUCUCCAGGUAGCUUCUAUUGACUCAUGGGGGCUCUAAGCAAAAGUAGCCUUAGCUGCAGGGGAAAGUAGGGCAGGAGGAGGUCACUAAGUCAGCCCCACUAUGAGCACAGUGUUUUCUGUCCUGGCAGAGGAGGCCUGGGCCCCACCAGGUCACUGGGGCUGGGGAUCCUGCAUGGCUUGCUCCUUGCUUUGCUACAUCAGCCAGUACUGCAUGUCAUGUGACCAGAACUGAGCCCCUUAUGAGCUGAUCUUACAUUUUAUUUUCCAGCAAAUGACAUACGCUGCCCAGGUGCCCCGUCCUCAUCCAUCAGGGCAAACCUGAAUGUGGCGCCUGCAGUAUCUGGGGACACACUCUCCCCAAGUCCCUGUCUGCUCUGGGCCUUACCACCAGGUUCAGGGCAAGGCCCUCAUCCUGCCUCCAUGGGGGCCUUGGUGCCACAGCCCGGUCCUGUCUCUCUGCCAGCUGCUCCCGGGGGGCCGAUCCUCUGGCCCCAGGUGGGGCCUGGGCUGCUGCAACUGCCCGUUCACUGCCCUCCUGUCCUCCGGGCACACAGCUUCAGGGUGGAUCAGUCACCCAACGUCAGACUGAGAAGAAAAAGGGAGGACUGCAGUGGGAAUUCACUCAGGUCCCAGCAGAGCCUGCUGUCCCAGCUUGGAUCCUGAGCUGGCCGACACUCACCGUUCCUCUGCUAAGGCUCCCGCCAGUUCUCUUUCCCAUUCAGCACCUGCAGCUUCUCCAGACCCUGGGUCACUGAGCACAGCACUUGCCCUGAAGAUGGGAACAGAAGAGUCUGCUUUACAAGUCUGGGCAGCGGUGGGAAGCAGGGGUGCACUAGGAAUGGAUGACCUGGAAGGUUAGUAGGUUGUAGUGGGGCUGCCCUAGGGAGUUCUGAGCUGACAGGGCUUUUCCUGUUACUCUAAGUCUGGUCCCUGGGUGGGGGCAAGGGUCACUGGCUGCCCUCCCAGAGACUCACCCAUCUCAUGGACUCGAUCCUCCAAUGUUCCUGACAGCUCGGGGAGGCUCAGGGCCUGCAAGGAAGCCUGCCAGCCUUUGGAGUCUGUGGGGCAGAGGGCUGGGUAAGCCUGGUGCCUGUGUGCUCACAGGCCCUGCCUUUGUCCUGAGCUGCCGUGACCAGGAAACACUCAACUGUCACUGCCCACAUGACUCCCCUUGUUACCUCAAAAUGUGUCCUCCUGCUUGUUGACAAAAGUACUAACUGCUAGUCAGAGCCUGGCCCCAGAAAUGGA